AUGGCCACUCCAGUCAAUCAACGCCUUAUUAAGAAGGAAGAAGAGGAUUCUGGUGAUGAAUGCACUUUCCUCUCUUCAAACAAGACUGUAACAACGAAGGACAUCCCGAAUCAGGCCAUCUACAUCGAUGAUGAUGGCGAUGGCGACGAGAGUAUUUCGGGACCGUCUGCUAAGCCCCAGAAAGCUUCAUUCAAGGACAACCUCACUAUCGUCAAGGACGAGAGCGACGAGGAUAAGAAGAGUUUCAUGAUGAAAAGCCUGAAGCCUCACAGCAACAAGAUCAUUACAGUCGAAGACUUCUGUGGAACAAUCAAUGUUAAUCUGGAUUCUUCUGGGAACGACACUGAUGAUGAGGAUGGUCCAGAUUCUGCACAUGGCGAGGACUCGGAUUAUCACGAUACGGACAAUUCAGACAAUUCGUACGACUCAGACGAUUCGGAAACUCCACAGAAGAAACACAAGCCAAUUAAAGGUGUUUGCAAAGCCUCGGAUAUCAGAAAACUCAUUAAAGAAUGCGAGAAUGAAAGAAACGAUUUGCUCGUCAAGCAGCACAUGGGACACAAGUUAAGUCUCAAGGAGUGUCAAAAACUCGAAAAACUCACGAAACAAAUCCCUGAAGCACAGAACACACUUGCAAAAUAUGCAAGACAAUCUCCACCAAAAACUGCUCGAGAAUACUGGCAGCGGCACAUGGAGCGGCAAGUGGAAAAGGAGGAGAGAAAGCGCAAACGUGCUGGCGAUGAGACAACCUCGAACAAACUUCAAAAGACAGCCAUGCAAGUUGGACCUUUUGGUGGAGUUGAACAUCCUGGUUUCUCGAGAGCAGCAGCUUUAUUCACCUCGAGUCGAGCAGACGAAAUCAACGACGAAAGCAACAGUAAACCGGCGAAAAGUAUCAAGGCCACAACCCAUGAAGCUCAGAUAAGGCAGAUCAUGGCUGGCAUUCCAGAGGGUAACGACACCCGACACACGAAGACACAACAGAAGGAUCUAAUCAAAGCUAAGAAAUGCUUCGGGUACAAGAAGAUCAAGGCAAUUGACGGGAAAUGGAAGCUCAAAGGCAUGGAAACCCCCUUGCACAGCCAACAGCUCGUGGGUGCUACCUGGAUGGUCAUGCGAGAAGCCGUGGAAUCUGGUCCGGCGGGAGGUAUCCUGGCUGACGAGAUGGGCCUUGGAAAGACAAUCACGGCUCUAGCGACAAUCAUCGGUCAUCCAGCAGAGCGAGAAGAUAGAGAUGAUGGUUAUGGCAAUGCAACUUUGGUGAUUGCUGACAGCCCUCAUUCUGCCUCAAGGACCUGGAUGGAUCAAAUCAACAACCAUACCUCAGAAAAGUUUGCCGAUAAGUGCCUGAUCUAUUCCAAGGAUCUCAAGAAGCAGGCAAAGUGGUGGAGCACGAAGAAAGUGGUAGUCACCCAUUUAAAUGCACUACGUGCACAGUUUCCCAGCAAGAAGGAAUACCAAAAGCUGAGGGCUCAGUGGGCGGGGGACGAGAGUGGGUUUCAGCAAGCCCUUUCCGAGCAGCUAGGUCAACUGUUCAAGGUCAACUGGUAUCGAAUCGUUCUGGACGAGGCUCAUGGUAUCAAGAAUCACAGCUCAAGUGGUGCUCUUGCAGUCUGGCGACUGAAUGCCAAGUAUCGUUGGGCUUUGACUGGCACACCCCUUGCCAACAAGCUGGAAGAGUUCUACCCCUAUUUGAAGUUCAUUGGUUGCGAUUUUGCAACUACAAUGGGAGAUUACAGAGCUCAGUACAUCAGGGACGACGAGGCAACUGCGAAUUUCGACCAACUGGUGGGCCUAGUCAUGAUGAGACGACAGCAGACUGAGAAGUUCCUGGGACACACCAUGGUUCCCCUGCCAAAAAGCCGUCGUAGUGAUAUUUGGAUCCCCUUUUCGAGCUGGGAAAAGAUCCUCUUAGAGGUUGUGGAUGGUGCAUACCAGGAAAAACUUCUCAACGCCCAAGAUGCAAACCGAGAGGCUGCAGCACACGAACAGCAGCAGGGCCUGCAACAGAGUGAAGAUGUGCCCGACGACGAGAGUGAGGCCGAGCUCGAAGGUGACGGUAACAACGGUUCCAAGGCUCCAACCGCGUAUAGAAUUCAGAUCCAGAGAUGCACGAGGAUCGUGCAACUCACAUCUCACCCUCUCAACCUUGAGAGGUUCUACAGAGAGGAAUACCAUGGAGUAUACAUUGACCAGGCCCUCGAGCGGCUGAAAUCUGAAAUCACCCAGUCGAGCGUCGAGGCGGAUCAGAAGGCAUUGGAAAUGUCUCUCAAGCCAACCUACUCUUUAGGACUACGACAAUUGGAGUUGGCGAUGAAAGACAACUUUGGGGGUAGCAAGGAGAUGAUACAGCUACUCACACUUGUGGCCAACGAGAAUAAGGUCAAGAAUAUCACUUGCGCCUUUUGUCACAAGAAAACACCACCUAAGAACCCCGUUCAGAGCUCGAAUUGCGAACAUAUCUACUGCCAUGAUUGCCUCUGCAUUGCAGUCGACAAUCGAGGAAAAACUGGUAAACCUCUUGCGCCUCGCCAGUGUCGUGUUCCGGGAUGCACUCCAAAACUUGGAAUGGGCCAAGCCGUAAAGACUCCGCAGUGCAUCGACGCAGCCGUAAAAGCUAUAAAAACUUACAAGGAGCCUGGGCGUGACAGCAUCGGCACACGGUGGACUGGUGGCCCAAAAGAGCAGGCUUCGUUCUUUCGUGCUGUUUGCGGUCGUGAGGAUAUCGACUAUGGUCCCAUGAAGAUGCCUCUGAGCUCCAAAGUGAAGGCCACUUUGGCAGUGAUGCUAACUUGGAUGAAAGAGGCCCCCGGCGACAAGAUCAUCAUUUAUAUCCAGUGUACUAGAACUGCAAAGUCUCUUGGCUGUGUUCUUGAAAGUAUGGGGACCAAGUUUCUCUAUUACAACCGGAUGGCAAAUGAAAAGCAGAAGGCCAGAGCUUUAGAUGAGUUCACAAACAAUCCCGAGAUCAAGAUUCUGGUGUCGUCAAUGAAGUGCGGUGGACAGUCCUUGAAUCUUCAGAUGGCCAACCGUGUAAUCAUCGUUGACGAGUGGUGGAACAAACCUGUUGAGGAACAGGCUUACAAAAGGGUCUACAGAACUGGCCAGGAGAAACAGACCCAUCUUAUCCGCAUCUUGGCGAAGGAUACCAUUGAUGAACGCAUCAUCAUGCUGCAAGACGCCAAGGAAGAGAUUCUCAGCACCGCACUGCAGGAUGAGGCGAUGCAGCCAAACUUCUCCAACUAUCUCCAGCUUCAAAUGCUCUUCUCCGCAAAGGACAAACAGACGCUGGUCGCCGAGAUGGAGAUGGAGACUCGUGCCAAACAGGCCAAGCAGUGA